AUGAAGGUCACCGCCGCUGCCGCACUCUCCCUCGUCGGCCUCGCUGCCGCCGCUCCAGCUGAGCUCGCCGAGAGGCAAAGCUGCCCGAAGGUCUACGUCUUCGGCGCACGAGAGACGACCGCUCCUGCCGGCUACGGCACCUCGCAAGGUCUCGUCAACUCCGUCAAGUCUGCUUACGCGGGCGCCGGCUCCGAAGCCAUCGUCUACCCAGCCUGCGGAGGACAGUCCCAGUGCGGUGGCGUCAGCUACGACAAUUCCGCCACGCAAGGUACCGCCGCUGUCGUCAAGGCCGUCACUGCGUACAACCAGAAGUGCCCCGACACCCAGAUCGUCCUCAUUGGGUACUCCCAGGGCGGCCAGAUCAUGGACAACGCUCUCUGCGGUGGAGCUGGCGCAACGCUCACCGGUGCUGCGCUCGAGGCUGUCAAGGCGGCCAUCUUCCUUGGUGAUCCUCAUAACCGCGCUGGUCUCCCUUACAAUGUCGGAACUUGCACGGCACAGGGCUUCGCUGCUCGUCCUGCAGGCUUCCAGUGCUCGCCGGCCAAGACCGACAGGCUGAAGUCGUACUGCGACUCUACCGACCCUUACUGCUGCAAUGGAAACGAUGCCAACUCUCAUCAGCAGUACGUCAACAAGUACGGUGCCCAGGCUUUGGCGUUCAUCAAGACCAAAAUCACCGCAUAG